CAAAUAUCGAGUAGGAAAAUGGCUGUUUUGAAAUUCGGCCUUCAUUUCAGAGGAAGCGAUAUGGUUUCCGCUUGCUUUUUAACAAAGUAAAUACGAUGAGGCAAUCACAUUUUACCUGAAUACAAGGUUGUUUGAGUGAUGUAUGUUUACAGUCAAAUGCGGUGUGAUUUUGCCAAGAAACGAGUAUGAAUCAAGUCUCUUUGGUCGAGCAAUUGAAAGAAGUGCUAAAGGCACAAAAUGAAUCACUUCGCCAGAAGCACAACGAACUUAAGACCAUUCGUGCGGAGAAUUCACGGCUUACCGGUCUAGUUCAAGAAUUGGAAAUUGAAAACGAAGGCUUAAAGGGCUUGCUGGAGAAAUAUCAGACGGAUAGCGUCAAUAGGGCCGCCGAAAAUGGUCACAUUAGCAAUGGGACUCCACGACCAAGGUAGUGUGUUUGAUACUUUGAUGACACUUAAAAGUGUACUGUUCUUUUUAAUAUUUACACAUUAAAAUUAUUCCUUGGUCGUUUAAAUAUUUUUAAUGAGACACGAAAAGCCUAAAAGCAAACAUUUGUAGGUCUUUCAGCUUUUUGAACGUCGAUCAUAAGUGAAAAGUUUGCUGCCAUUUAAAAAGCAAAUUAAACAUUAUUUGAUAUUACCCGGUAUAUAGGGCUGUAUCCAGCGAUACAGCGCAAUAUCCGUGAUCCAUAGCGAAAUAAUCUCCCAAUCCCGGGAGUUACUGUCGACAGUUAGUCCUGAUGAAAAGUGGUAUUCUUAAAUAGGCAGUCUCAAACGGAUAUAAUAGUCAUGGUUUAGUAGUUUAGACCUCUAUGGCGGGCCUAUAUGACUUCAAAUUAUGUGUUAACCGUAUAUACACCAUGGUAAAAGGUUAGUAUCGAUUAUACCCUGUAUAGUUAACAUAUUACCCUGCCUAAGGUAUAGUUCAUAGUUGGGAAUUAUCUCAUUUUAUAUGGGAUAUGUUAUUGUAAAUAUAGCAUGGACACUAUUAAUUAAUAAUGGGCGACCUGUUACACAUUAGUGCUGAGAUCAAAUUAUAGGGUGUCGGGUGUACUCAGCAUUUUAGAAAGCAAAUUCAACUUCAAAUUUGUUUGAGAAUACUCAAAUAAACAUGACAUUCACUGUGUUUAUUUGUAUGUAACAGAUAAAUAAACAGUGAACUUUUGUUUGGCACAAAAAGACUAAUAGACCAUGAAAUUUUAUGGCACACAAAAUGAUAUAUGAUUUCAAAUGAAUGAUGCCCAUUGUAUAAAUGAUAUCUGUAAAUUGUUAUUUAGAAGUUGUAAUUGAUAGUUAGACAGUUAUCACAGUGUUUUCUCGAAGCAUCAGUGUUAUGCGUUUGAAGUGUGUUGUGACAUAAACAGCACACGUUCAUUGUAAAAAGCGGUCACAGCCCUUAUGCCACUUCCUCCCUGCCCUUAUCGAUAUUAUAUCACAAGUUAUAAUACUAUGCCUGCCAUUACUUUAAGAUGUGUGGGACUACAAUAUGAUUACACGCAGGACUGCAAUAUAUAAACUCCAUACCAUACUGUGAGGAGUAAACAUGAUUUUGUAUUUUUCUUGUUUUCAAACCAUUUCAAUGUUGAGUACUUCCUUUGGCAAGUAUCAUCAUCAUAGCAGGAAAUACUAUUUUUGCCAUAUUAUUUAAUUGAUAUUCUAAUAUUCUUCCUAAUAAAUUAUUUUCUGUAUUUUCUGUUGGUAUUAUGCAAUGCCCAAAAAUUUUCUGCCAGCUAAGCCAGGUCUGAAAAUUUUCUAGGAUCCUAGAUGACAGGAUCUACCAUUAUUUCCUGCUAUGAGGAUCAUCUGUUGUCGCAUAUAAAAAAAUACCAUAGGGUUUCAUUAUUAUGGUUUAAUUUAAUGGGUUAACAAUGUGAGACAUUGCCAGAUAUUCUGGUGAACCCAAUGAUGCCUGGUCUGUAUGUAUAUGUUUGUCUUAUUUUGUUUGUCAUCAUGUCUUUGCUACUUUCUCUUUGCCUAUAUAACUCAUACUUUCCCUUUCUUGAUUAAUUUGUCCAUUUAAGAAUUUUUAUAUAUUGUAUUGUACAUAUACUAAUAUAAUACUUUUUGUUUGUGGAAACACCACAUAAAUUUUAGAGCUGUGUGCCGCCAGUGCCGGAGCUCCGGCAUAUUUUGCCGGAGCUGCAGUUGGAAAACUCAGGCGGACAAAAUUAUGAAAAAUUAUUUCAUAUUUCAAUGAACAUUUGGUAUUAAAUGGAAAAAUUAAGUUGUUGUUUACCAAUAUGUUACUAUUUAUAUGUUGCUUUACUACAUAUUACUACUGUAUGUUGUUUAGCGUAAGAGAAAAUACCUGUGGUUCCGGUUUCAUAUCGUGAAAAAAUUAGGGUCGGUAGGUCGGAAAUGGUUUCAUGGUUUUGGCGUUUUUUUGGUGGGCGAUUUGCAGUAGAGUCCCGACAUCAAUAUCAACUAGAGAUGCGUAUUUCCUAUGGACGAAUUUAGGCAAUUUGGUUCAAUAAUUAUAUAUAUACAAUUAGUGUGACAACAAACGCCAUUUUGGCACGCUGUAUGAGCAGCCCGCAACCACCUGGAGAAAAUAAGGUCGCACAGUCAAUCACGUUGAAAAAAUAAUAGGGUCGGCAGAAAAAAAUAGGGUUGGUCUGGAACCGGAACCCCAGGUUUUUUUUUUACGCUUGAUGAAGAUCCGGGCUUACGGAUCGAAAGCUUUGCAGUAAUAAAUUUACUUGGUGUUUCCACAAACGAAAAGUAUUAUAUGUUUUAUCUCCAUGCACACCUACAAACAACUUAUAUUAAUAUGUUUGAUAUUUGGGUAAUAAAAUUUAAAUUGCUGGUAAGGUGCCAUGCAUGGGUCCCAUUCAUACUGUAAUAUACAUUGUUACACCAUUAAGCCAUUAGCUUCGAACUUCCAAUGAAUAUAUUAAUGUCCAGUAUAAACGUGAUGACAUGUUAUGUCUAGACAAUUGGGAGUAACUUGUCAAUGUGUUACACAUAUUGUAUACAACUGAUUAUUUUGGGAAUAACUCGUUAGACCGAAGCUGUCUGUUUUAAUACCUAGCCGAAAUAUGUUGAAAUCUCGUUUGCAAAGUCAUUAGAGGCUGGUAAUUAGAGUAAGGGUCAGGGUUUUAACUAACAGUGUGCAAUGUGCAAUUGACGAUUCCCCUUAUUACGUUUUCGUAGCGCUUUUUUGCAUUGUGGUUAUAGUGAUAUCACUGAUAUUCAAGAUAGCUUUUUUUGUCCUGACCCGUGCAAGAACUUUUAAAAAAGCUAGGCUCAGCUGCGCGAUAGCCAACAGCAAAAUAUUCGCGAAAACGUUUAAAAAGUAUUUAAAUAACUAAAUUAUUGCAGUUUGAAUGAGUAGAUGUUUGACUGAGUACAGUAAGCUAAGACAAUCAUGAACCUAAUUUAUAAAAAUUUAGAGCUUUAUUUUUUUUAAAAAAGUUGCACAUUUUUUCUCAGCUAAUUCGAACCCUGGUAAGGGUAGAGUACUGCCACUCAAUGGAUUAUGCACCCUACUUUAUUAUAAUUUUACCUUGUUUAAUCUGGAUUAUAUUACUUUGUCUAAUGCCAGAUGAUUUUACUUGCCAAGGGGAGAGUGCUGCCACCCAAUAGAUUAUGCACCCCACUUUUUUAUAAUUUUACGCUGUUUAAUGCCAGAUUAUCAUACUCUGUCUAAUCUAGCCUGCGUGGCAGGCCCUCAGUUUUAUGGGGGGCCUGAUUUGCAACGGGCAGGAUUUUGGCGGGCACCCCCAUAAAACUGAGGGCCUGCCACGCAGGCUAUGUCUAAUCCAGAUGAUUUGACUUGUCAAGGGGAGUCAGCGCUGCCACUCAAUGCAUUAUGCACCCUACUUUAUUAUAAUUUUACUCUGUUUAAAUUAAUGCCAGAUUAUAUUACUCUGUCUGACACCAGUUGAUUGUACUUGCCAAGGGGAGAGUGCUGCCACUCAAUGUGUUAUAUGCACCCUACUUUGUUAUUUUACACUGUGUUACUUUACUUACAAGUCGAGGGAAGAGUGGGUUGAAAUUAUUUAUGCCAAUUUACAUACAUGCAAAGUGAACAAACAGUUGGCAGAGGGAAUCGAACCUACAACCUUUGGAAUACUCCGUGGCCGGGCAUAUUUUUCAAGCUCGCCCGGUGUGGAUAUACAUUCAGAGUAACAUCACAAACAUUAUAUUCACCUGAGUACACCACAAACAUUAUAUUCACCUGAGUACACAACACCCAGGGCUCAAGAUUUGAAUGUUUUACUUGUAUCCAAGUGGAUACAAGGGUCUUAAAAUCUAGUAUCCCUAUUUGAAAUUUAGUAUCCCAGAUAUGGGUAGUAGGUAUUUCGAUAAGCGGUAUCCAAACAAGGUAAAUAACUGCCAGACAGGUCUGUAAGAAGUACUACAAAACAUCUUAUCAUUUUUUUUACUAACAUUUUGCCACGACAUACAAACUUCGCCAAUAUUUCGAUUCUUUUAGUACCCCAUUGGGAUACUAAGCCUAUAAUAUCUAGUAUCCAAAAUUAAAAUCUGGUAUCCCAUGAAUAUCGGGAUACUGCUAGUCUUGAGCCCUGCAACACCAGCACAGAAAAAAAAGUGAACAAAGUUGCAGAACUGCUUUGAACAAUCAGACUCAAGCCAAUUGUAAUUGGGACAAUCGGUAAUUCCCCUGAUUGUGGCAUAAUCGUUUAACCAACACAAAACAAAUAAAAUAGGAUGCAUUUUUAGGGUAUGUGUUGCAGAUUGAAUGCUUGAUGGACUAACACAUGACAUGGCUUAACCCUUUAACUGCCACUGAGCCCUACCGUGUUAUUUUCCUUUGUCUAAGUAACACUAGACAAUCUUAUAAUCAUAAAGGAAAAGUUAUGGCACUCAAUGCCAACAUGUUUUCCUUGGCUAGUGAAAUUGUUUGGAGUUAAUCCAUUGAGUGCCAGCAUUUGUUCUUUGAUGAGUAAAAUGUCUGGCAUUAGACAGAGUAAAAUAAUAAAGUAGGGUGCACUGCAGCUUAAUGGCUUAAUCAAAAUUACUAUGGAAUAGAGCUAAUUAGAGUGCAUUGUAGCAUAUUUUAGCAUUAUAUUGAGUUAAAAUUUUACCAUGGUAGCCCUUCCAGUUAUAAUAACUGUUUUCCAUUAAUGCUGAAGGCAACUGACUUCUCGCCUGCACUUGAAACAUUGAAUUUCUGCUCAUAUUUUUCAUGUAGUUGUAUCCAAUCAUAUCAAUUUCGCAGCUUUCACAAUACUGUAUUGUAUCCUCAAACUAUUUUUAAAGCCAUUAAAGAGAUGCUUUCCCAGCAUGGUGCUCAGUUAUCAUUCUGGAAAUGCAUUAGUACAGUACUUUGUGGUUGAUAAACAUACAAGGCAUGCAUGUGACGUUUUUAUAAGCAAACGUUUUCUUCAGGGAAUUUUUUGUAUAACUGCAGAUAAUGGCCUUUGCUUAACUGCUGUUUGUUUAGUUUCACAAGAAUUUACAGCGAUGCCCAAAGUUAAGCACUUUGAACUUAACAUAUAUGUACAGUAUUUACAAACCCUUGUAAAGUCAAUGUGAACAUGAAGUUGCCUUAAAGUUUUCUAUAAAAGGCUGGUAUAAUAUUGUUGUUUGAUCAACAAUGUAUUAUUUUCACCACAUUGAUAGUCUUUUAUUGUACAUUCUAGAUUUAUAUAGUUAUUAAUAGGUCACUCUAUUCAAUUAUCAAUGGGGUUUGUUUUGUAUAACAAUGAUAGAUUUUAAAUGUGUUGGAUGUUUACGUGAUAUUUAGUCAUGGGCACUUGACAUUGUGGUUUAUACUCAUAAAUAAUUGCAUUUUGCAUAUGGGCUGUGACAUCUGAAUAAAUAUACUCAUUUCUAUUACAAUUUGUUGGCAAAGGAGAGUGUCUUUGUUUAAGCAGUGUUGCUACAAAGCUGGUGCCCUGAGGGGCCCUAUUUUUCUAAAUUUCAGCAAGCCAGACCUACAAAUUUUACUAUAUUUUACAAACUAUGUGAAAUAUUUGAACCUUCUAGAUUAUGCUAGUCAAAAUCACUUAACCAUAAAAUAUGCUAAAGAAUGUUGUUCUGCCAUAAAUUAUUCUAGAUUUGUUUGUGUGAAUGGCAAAACGUCUAAAAUGUCAGGACUGUCUGAAUUUCUGACUUCAAUUCUUAGUGUCACACGUGUAACUGAAGACACAAUGUGGUUAUAUGUAUAUAUUUUUACAUAUGUAUAUAUUGUAUGUAUUAUAUUUCUAUUUAUUUAUAUUUCCAGUUCUCUAACAGUGUGCUCACCAAAUACGACCGAAUCGGAACUUUAUACCACUGCGCUGUCGAGCCCAGAGUCCAACAGCAAAACCGUUGAUGGUAAAAGUCAAGUUACUGUAACACUAUCGAGCACGCCAAACUCUACCUGCCUCUCUCCGAAGAAGGCCACGCUCGGUAGAAGUGAAAGCAGGAAGCAAAACCGAAAGUCAUUCUACGAACUUUCACCUGAUAUCUCGGACAGACAUGUCCAGUUGCUUGAGAAGAAUUAUGGUGGAAAGGAGAGAGCGAACCGUGCAGCAAGGAUUAUCCAGCAACACUACAGGAGCUGGACUAUGAAAAGGACUUAUCGUAGAUUACGGACACAAAGCGAAGCACGGCGGACAUCGAUGAAAGGACAUCUAAGCAAACGGAACUCAAGACGGAGUCCAUCAAGCUCUGGUAGCAUGAGUCCAACAGGACCUAUUCCACUGAACUUAAAUUUAAACCUCAGUGAAUCUGAGAACUGUAAUGAACCAAUGUUAAAAUCACCAGAAUCGGAAAAUCAACAAAGACAACAUUUUGCAAAAGACGAAUUCAAACCGAUUCAAGCGGAUAUAAACAUUGAUUCGAACUUCGGGCAAGUCAAUACGUGCCAACCAGAUCUUUCUGUUCGACGUGUGAGCGAAGAUAUAUCCAGCAUUGAAAUUAGCAAAAAUUUAUUGAAUGAUAGUAUUGGACAAAAAAUGAUUAUUGAUGAGGUUUUUCAACAAAUUUUAUCACCAAGAAAGGACAGCAUAUCCCUUUCGGGACGGAGUGAUAGCUUUAGAUCUAAAAGGAAUGAGAAAAUGAGCAUACCCGAGGAAUCUGUUGCAGUUACGGAAACUGUCGCUGACCUCGAGGGAGCAACCAAAGACACUGAGGGAGUUGAUGGGAUAGAUGGUGUCGACACAGUUGAUGGAACAAAACAGACAGGUGGAACUGAAGGUGCAAUGGUGAACAAUGCAGUAGUACAAAUUAACAUAGAAACUGAACAGGGUGAAAUGGUGAGAGAUGAAAGACCCACACAAGAUGAAAUGAUUAAUUCUAAUGAUAACCUUUCUGUCAAAGAAGAACUAGGUAUGUGAGGC